CUUUUUUACGGGGCAAGUCCGGUCCGCGUCCGGCCAGUCGUGCUCUUUUCUAAGUGAUUAAGAAGUUUAACUAUGGCCCAGCGGUUUCCGUCGGGGCCUGCUCCCGGCCCCGGAGGCCCUCCGCAGCGGUUUGCACCUCCUCCUGGAGCCAUGCGUCAAUACAGCGGCCCAAAUUAUAGCCAAAUGCAGCAGCGGCCUCCUAACUCUUUUGGUGGGCCAGGCGGGCCCAUGGGGGCGGGGUCACCUGGGCCAAGCAUGAUGCAAAGGCCCCCGAUGCAGCCGUACGUUGGAAUGAGGCCUGGAAUGCCUCCGGCUCCAGGCGGUGUCAAGAGACCCGUUGACUCGAGAAUCAUGGUCAACACACAGCCGAAAAAUAAGAAGAAAAAGAAGCUAGCAGACAAAAUCCUGCCGCAGAAAGUGCGAGAUUUGGUGCCUGAAUCGCAAGCCUACAUGGACCUGCUGGCCUUUGAGAGAAAACUAGACGCGACCAUAAUGAGAAAGAGACUGGACAUCCAGGAGGCAUUGAAAAGACCUAUGAAGCAGAAAAAGAAGCUUAGGAUAUUCAUCUCAAACACUUUUUACCCUGCCAAAGAGCCGGGAGAAACCGAGGAAGGCACCGUUGCUUCCUGGGAGCUUCGCGUUGAGGGUCGACUCCUCGAUGACAAUAAGAAUGAUCCCAACAAGGUGAAGCGAAAAUUUUCGUCAUUCUUUAAGAGUCUGGUCAUAGAGCUGGACAAGAAUCUUUAUGGGCCGGACAACCACCUGGUUGAGUGGCACCGCACGCCAACGACGCAGGAGACAGACGGCUUCCAGGUGAAGCGUCCUGGUGACAAGAACGUGUCGUGCACGAUUCUGCUGCUGCUCGACUACCAGCCUCUGCAGUUCAAGCUGGAUCCACGGCUCGCUCGGCUGCUGGGUGUGCACACGCAGACGCGGCCAGUCAUCAUCAGUGCCCUCUGGCAGUACAUCAAGACGCACAAGCUGCAGGACUCGCACGAAAGGGAGUUCAUCAACUGUGACAAGUACCUCGAGCAGAUCUUUGCCUGCCAGAGGAUGAAGUUUGCAGAGAUCCCGCAAAGGCUGAAUCCGCUGCUGCACCCGCCAGAUCCAAUCGUCAUCAACCACACCAUUAGCGUGGAAGGGGUUGAGCAGAAGCAGACCGCCUGUUAUGACAUCGACGUUGAGGUUGACGACACGCUCAAGACGCAAAUGAACAACUUCCUCUUGUCCACUGCUAGUCAGCAGGAGAUUCAAAGCCUUGACAACAAAAUUCAUGAAACUGUUGAUACAAUCAACCAGUUGAAAACAAACAGGGAAUUCUUCCUGAGCUUUGCCAAGGACCCGCAGCAGUUCAUUCACAAGUGGAUAAUAUCCCAAACACGGGAUUUGAAGACGAUGACGGAUGUCGUAGGCAAUCCCGAAGAGGAGCGGCGAUCAGAGUUCUACUAUCAACCUUGGGCUCAAGAGGCUGUGUGUCGUUAUUUCUACACCAAGGUGCAGCAGAAGAGGGCCGAGUUGGAACAGGCGCUUGGCAUCCGCAGCUCGUAGAUUUGUGUUUUUGCUAAAAAUUUACUCUCUCAUAACUUAGUCGUUAAGAUUUGAAUUCUAUAUAUUAUUGUGAGAUUCAUUCUGUAAAAUACAAUGAAAUAAUUUCUAGCUUUA